AUGGACACCUCAGGGCCCAAGGCAAUUCUCACCCAGAACUUCCACCACAUACAUGAAAUUUCACGGGCCACCUCUCCCGGUGGGGAGCCGUCGGGCAUAAAUGGGGAAGGCGAGCCCAAGGCACGAGUCCGUCCUCGCACCUAUCCUUACUUCAAAUACCUACCAUAUCCGAUCGAAGAUGAAACGGAGCGGAAGCGGAAUCUGCGAGAAAUAUUGAAUCAGCUCUACAUCGCAGUGGAAGCGGGAGAUUUCAGUCCCGGCGCGGUCCACUGGACACGAGAGUUGAGAGGAUGGCUGUCGCUCAAAUUCGAUCCGACUCGCACAGAGCGGAUCAACUUGGUGAAGCUUUAUUACGAGCUUUCACUGGCUCCAGGGAUUGAUCCCAACAUCUCGGAGCGGUUCGCUAGCAUGUUCAUGCUUCUCACAAAGCGUAAGCACUAUCUCAGACCGGUGAAAGACCUCAUCCUCGACUGGAAACCUCUUUACAAGGAAUUGAAGGCUUUUGUUCUGCCGACAGAAUCGGGUCUGGUCCAUUCGACCAACCUGAAGCGCAAUGUCAAGACGCUCACGAAACUCUGUGCAUUUGUCCAGCUCUACAUCGAUCCAUGUGAGCUGCCGGCUAUGCUCGAGGAGUUUCUUCCUCACUUUACAACUUCGUUCUCGGAAGGCGCCUUUGUUGUUGUCGGGUUGAUCAAUCUACUCCUUCCGACCUCGCCGCCCCCGCAGGACAGAGGAGAUCUUCUACCGCAGCACUAUCUACCCACGUAUUUCCACUUGUGGUCGCUCGUCAAUCGCUCAAAGACAUUUGAUAUGACUUUCUUGGACUAUUUGUCGCGCCUGGCUCGAGAUUCGCUGCCUGCAGAACAUAUACCAUUUUCUGCGUAUGGCCUCUUCACCAAAGAGCAGUCGGCGCUCAUCUUUACUGCUAUCUUGAGAUUGUUGGAGAUCCCUGUGGGGCAGUCAACGUCCCCAUACAGUGCCCUUGUUGAUAUAUCAUCGGGCCUGGGAAUCAUGCUUGACCGGGAUGCUCGAAAGCACCCUGUGGCACACCACAUUGCUAGAUGGGUCGUGAUGUCCCUCUCACCGGAUUGCGCCGAGGCCGAAGAGUCGAUUCUGACCCAACUCGAGGGUCUCAUCCAGGCUGUAGAAACUUUCUUCCACCCCUCCAAUUCUGGAGGUUGGACUAAGACUCUGUCUCAGCUGGUCUACUAUCUCUCUGACUUCUUCCUCAUGCGGUGGAAUCGCGAGCAGAGCGGCGAGAUGGAGGUCCCGGAAGACCGAAAAUUGACGGAGCCUCUAAAGCGCCGUUUCGUGCUCUGUCUGCGAGACGUGGUUUUCAUGGGUAUCUAUGCGAAGAGUGGCACGGCCAUCAGCUUCUCAUUGUCAACUCUGCAAAAUCUCGCGUUUCUGGAGCCACAUCUGAUCCUCCCAGGAGCUUUACAGAGAAUAUACCCAUCUCUCCAGGGUCUCGUUGAGGUUCAUCGCACGGCUUCGUCUCUUCGAGCCCUCCAAGUACUAUCAAGAGUCAUUUCACGGACAAAAGGGUACCGGUGCCAUAUGACCACCCUGCUCGGGCUCGCUUUGCCAGGCAUCGAUGCCAACGACCUAGAGAAAUCGCUACAUGCCUUGUCAUUCAUACAAUCAGCCUGUUACAACAUCCCCUUGGUUGAUCUCACUCGCGGCAGAGAUGACGUCAAUUGUGACAUGCUGGCAAUGCAAUGGGUUUCUGGCGAAAUGGCAAGGAUGGAAGCAGAGGGUGAAGAAGUUCAGCUAAACUACGAUACAGAGUUGAGUGACGAAAACGAGGAAAUGAUAUUGCGCUCCUCAACAUGUGGCUUUGGUGACUUUAUUGUCUCUUUCCUUGGCCGUGUCUUUACCCUCUUGGAGAACCUUCCAGAUGUGAGCAGGGUACGGAAUGGAUCUCCCGAAGAGAAUAUUGUGAAUACUCUUCCUGCUACCUUCAUGCCACUUCUGUCUUCUCUUUCCCCCGAGUAUUACGAUAUCGCCCUGUCAAAGGUCGUUGAUUUUGUUUCAAAUCAUGUUAUUCAUCAAGCACGAGAUGCAAUGGCAUUCAUCUGCAAUUCUGUGUGCAAGGUGAAUCCGGAAAAGGCUUUGAAGCACUUUAUCCCAGUCUUAACACAGGCCAUCCGGACUGAAAUCGAUGAUAAUGGCGCUGGGUCCACUAGAACCACUGGAACCGAUGUCCUUCCUCGUGAUCGUGGUUUGGUGUGGAAUAUCAGUAUGCUGAGCAUGUGUGUCGUCCAUGUUGGAGAUGCCGUACUAGCUCACAGGAAGGAGCUCUUCGAUAUUGCGGUUUACAUGCAGCAGAAAUGCAGGGGAAUCCCUACAGUUCACAUCUCAAACUUCAUUCACCAUCUUCUUCUCAACCUCACUGGAACAUACACCACUGAUUAUUCGCUCUACGAGCCUUCCGCCCUUGCCAACGGAUACACCCCUGAGCUCUGGAGCUAUCAGCCAGAUCCAUACAAUCUCGCAGUGAAAUGGCACGUCCCGAAGCGUGAAGAACUUGAGUUCGCUGUCGAGCUCUUCCGGAAUCAAUCAGAAACUGCUUUGAAGCAGCUCAGGGCUCUCACCGACGGGACAGCCAGCGUCAAGCGGGAUGGCAGUGGCAAAGACUGGUCAGAUGAGGUUUCCAGAAACCUUGUUCUACUACGGCUCAUUAUCUCUGGUAUUUCCGUUCUCUUUGACCGUCCAGCAGUGUCUCGAACGAAGGACGAGGGAGUAGACGGAAUAGCGAGUGAUGUUGAGAUGGCAGAUGCAAAAGACCUACCCACCCAGGAUGGUAUCGGAGAUGAGGAUCCCGACGCAUCACUUGAUAGCUCCGAUGAUGCGACCGUCAGGGAGGUCUUCACCUAUCCUACCGGUUACCCUUUGAAGGAUGAUGACCCACUCUACGCUUGCAUCCAUGAUAUUCGGGAAAGAGCGGGUUGGGUCCUUCACGACGUCCACAGGUUCUUGUCUGAUAAGCAAGAGGACGAUGUGCCUUGCUUUGCCGCUCUAUAUUCAGCAUUCCGCUCGUGGUUCAUAGACGUCGGUAUUGAACGGUCUGCUCAUGUGCUCGACAGGGUUACCCGCCUUCUCGCAGCGGAUAUUCAUCCUUAUAAGAUGAGCGGUACUCGGAAGGAUUACCCACGCCCGCUGCUGGUGCGGAGGGCUAAUGUCUACCACUUGCAGCGGUUAAGGCACAACUCCGCUCCGAGACCGAGGUCACGGCUUGAUGGUAUUUUACUCCUUGAUCUUGCCGAAUCCUGCGUUUCACUCUACACGGAAACUCGUCGUAACGCUCAGAGCGCCGGCGAGUCAGCCCUCAAGGCUAUCUGGGGCUCUCGUCUUCUUGUGAUUCCUCCUUUGCUCAAAGCCCUCCAGAAAGGUAUCAAGGAAAAUGAUCACGCACGGAUCAAAGGUGCACUAUUUUCCCUUUUGUUAAGCAGCGUUGCGAAGACUGUUGGACGUCAUUGGAAGUUUGCGCCAACUCUGAUCAGAACGUUCAUCGACGCAAGUGCGGUUGAUAAACCAUCUGUGCAGAAGAUCUGCUCGAGUGCUGUUUUCCAGAUCAUGGACUAUGGCCGUGCAAUGGAGAGGAUGGCGGUGCUUGAUAGGAACAUUGUGGAGGCGAUCGCACCCAAGGAGGACGUCCAAGAUGAGAUCUCGCGAAAGCGCAAAGCUAUCAACAACAAACGCGUGGUUAUUGAGAAGAAGAAGGCCGACCUGUCCGAAGAGUUGGUCAAUCUGGCCCGAGUUUCUCAUUGGAAGGUUGCUAGCCGAGCAGCCACCAUUGUCAUCACAAUGGGCCUCAGGUUCGAUUACAUUGCCAGCAGCAACCUUAUAGAUCUGGUCACUCUCGGGUCUAUCGAUGAUCAUCCUGGUUUGCGUGGGAUGUACUCCCAGGCCCUCAUCGCGGUGUUUACGAUGAUAGACGUUAGGGCGAUCUGCAGCCAUGAUUACAAGAAUUAUAUCCUCGGCAACCAGUAUUUCCCAGCCAAGAUCAGAGUUGCGACUAAGCGAUACGAAAAUGGUUGGACAGAGGAGUAUCUGGCCAGCUUCGCUAAGCCAGAAGCCGAGUAUUAUAUUGAUCAUGAUUUUCCUGGAUGGCUUGUCUGGUCAGAUAGCAUGCCUGCAUAUAAAGCCAACCUGGAGCGUGAUAUCGAUUAUGAUGAGGUGGAAUGGAAGGUUCGCACACACAUGGGUAAACUGUUCGACCGAGGAUGGUUCUCCAAGUUCUUCAUGUAUCUGAAGCAAGAGCCACGAGACCCGUCAUCGGACAAAUUCCGUAUGCCCUGCGCCAUGAUGCUUCUCUACGCCUUUGAGCUGAUGCUGCGCGAUGGCCUCACCACAGCUACUUUCAAAGACGUUCAAGAAGAGAUCGAGGCAGUCUUUGAGGACGGUAGUGAUAAGCACCAACACAGAGCUACCGCAGAGAUUCUUGGUGCUUUAAUCAGCUCUGUUGCGGAUAGUAGUGUGGAAAAGCGGACAAUGAUUUGGGAAUAUGCUUUCCCGAUCGUGCAGAAGAUCUUCACCGAUGGUUUGACUCCAGAGAAUUCUGGGUACUGGACAACGUUUCUCCAUAUGGUCCUUCAAUGUCGGGACCCUCGGAGAGCUUGGCCUUUGGUUGAUUGGCUUGCGAGCUUCCGGUUAGAUAUGGCAACCAAUGCAGCCUUCAAAGAAAGCUCAAAGAUCAACCUGUUGCAUCAAUGUAUCAUUGAUGCCGGCUGGCACUUCCAGCUUGAGAAACCGAUUGUUGAGAAUUUCCUCGCACAUCUCGAUCAUCCGUACAAGGGAGUCCGCGAGGCAAUGGGGCAAACUCUUGCCACAAUAUAUCGCACACGGUAUCACGAGUCGUAUGCGGAUCUCAAACGCCUUCUUCAAGCACAGGAGACAUCUUCCUCUGUUGGUUCAUAUGCAUACCUACCUAGCGAGCAGUUCUCCGCAAUGAUGCGCAAUGUGUUUAAUCAGAUCGAGGAGUGGCGCCAGAAGCGAACGCCUGGCCAGCAGACACCAUCUUCCUACACUUCUGGCAGCAAGACGGUCCUCCUCUGGCUUGACUCCACUCUGUCGUCUCAUGAGUGCAUUCAGCUAGUUCCUUUCUUUCCCGAUGUUUUUACCGGACAACUCCUGCACAUGAUGGACGUCAAAGAAGAUCCAGAGCUGCAGUCGUUGGCGUACCAUGUCUUCCGCCAUCUACCAAACAUCCCUUAUCCGGCCGAAAAGGAUUCCGGUUUCAUCAAGUCUCUCAUACAUAUUGGACAGACAUCACCGUCUUGGCAUCAGCGCUUGCGAGUUAUGAUCAACAUUCAGAUCAUAUACUUCCGCCGUCUGUUUUUGCUCUCUCCAGCGGAUCGAGAAAAACUGUUCGACUGCAUCGCAACCAUGCUCGAGGAUCCACAGCAUGAAGUCAGGGCGGGAGCAUCCGCUACACUUUCUGGUAUGAUUCGCUGCUCGCCUGUAUUCCUGCGCCGGCAGAUGGUCGGCAAACUCCUCGAGCGCUUUACCAGGAUUCUGGUCGAAAACCCAUUCCCCAAGAAGCCCAAGCGCGUAGCCCGUUCUGCUAUUGCCUCUCCGGUCUCCUCGCGAGCCGGUACACCAACUCCCGAACACACCAGACUCAUCAUUGUCAGGCACGGUGCGGUGCUAGGACUUGGAGCUCUGAUUCAGGCCUUCCCAUACGACAGUCCACCUCCCAGGUGGAUGCCAGAGGCCUUGACAGCUCUCAGCAUUCGUGCCGCAAAUGACCCUGGUAUUGUUGGUUCAAGCGUCAAGUCCAUCAUCAGCGAGUUCAAGAAGACUCGACAGGAUACUUGGCAUAUAGAUCAAAAGGCUUUCACGUCAGAUCAGCUCGAAGACCUCUCGGGUGUUCUCUGGAAGAGCUACUUUGCGUAG